UUUUUUUUUCCCUCGUUACCCACUUUUUUGAAUAUAAUAUGGAUCAUUCCAUACUUAAUAGAAAUCAUCCAAAUCAUCAUUAUCAACAACAAGUUAUCAAAACAGAAUUAGUUCAUCGUACAAUACAAUCUAUUAAAGAACUAGUUAUUCAAUAUCCUUCUGACUUUGAUGUAUCCUUCUUACAUCCACUUGAAAAACCUUCAAUACCAAUUCAUGAAGCUGUAGCAAAUCUCUAUAAUGAUACCCUACAAUAUUAUCGAGCAAAUAAUAUUACUUUUGAUGAUCAUUGGCAUUGGAAUAUUGCUUGGCGACAAGCUUUAUCAUUUGAAAGUCUUUUAAGUUUAGCACAUGGUGAUCGAACGUUACUGAUACAAUCUUUUCAUCCAAAAUGUCAUCGUAUAUUGACUGCUAUCUUCAACCAUGAUUUAGCUAAAUAUAUGCGAUAUUAUCCUUGGCGAUGGUUUUCUGAUCUGGUCUUUGUUGGUGCUGGUGGUUUCUCUAGUGUUUAUGCAUCCAAUAUUGCUUUAUUAUUUGAUGUUCCUGAAGCUGGUCGAACUUUUGGUACCUUUAAACGUGGUGUUGCCAUCAAAGUUGUAGAUGAAAAAAUAUUAAAUGAAAUCACUGUUCAAUCUAGGGCUUUCUUGGCAUUACUAUUUCAUGGCAUGACAGUAUGUGAAAGUACAGGGGAUUUACUAAUGAUUGGUACUUUGGCAGAAGGUGGUAAUUUGGAAACUUAUAUCGAUCGACCUAUACAAAAUUCUUUGGAUUUGAUUUCUGUAGCAGAUAUGGUGACUCGUUUAGCUUUCAAUUUAGCAAGUUUACAUGAUGAUAUCAAGAUGUGUCAUAGAAACAUUCAUCCCAAAAAUGUUUUAUGUGUAGAUGAUGAUUAUUUAUUGGUAGAUUAUCGAUUCUCAACUGCAUCAAAUGAAGCCACUGAGGUCACAAGACAAUCAAAAGCUCAUUAUGGACGAUUACCUUAUAUUGCACCAGAACUUCGACAAGGAAUCUAUACUGAAAAAUCGGAUGUCUUCAGUUUAGGCGUUAUCAUGUGGCAAUUGGUAUCUCACCUUACAUUUCCAACACCAGAAAUUUUAUUGGAUGCUCCAGAAGUUUAUCGUAUUGAAUGGUUACCUGGUGUACCUACUUGGUAUUUAGAACUUACAAUGGCUUGUUUAGAGCCACGACCAGAAAAUAGACCUGAUGCUGAAGAAGUUGGAUUAUUAGCUAGAAAGUUUGCAGCGGCUGGACCACGACCUCCAUCUGAUGAUCAAGACUGGAUAUCUUAUGUAAGACGAAGACGGGAAGCUUGUCAACAACAUCAAUUAGAAUUUAAACGUAAAUCUUGCCAACGCCACCAUCAUCAUCAACAUCAUCAACAUCAUUCUAAUUAUCCCACCAAUGCUUUAUUAUCAACAACAACAAAUGGUCCUGUGACACCAACUACUAACAAUGACAAUGAUGACGAAGAUGAAGAUGACACUAGUGCUUCUCGACUUUAUGCUUUUAGGAACCUUCCUUCUACUGAAUCUUUAUUUAAUCUCCCCUUCCAUCGUCGUUUAUUUGAUCCUGUGAAUAUCUCCUUUGACAAUUUAUGAAAAUAAUUUAUAUUUCUGACCCAAAAUAAAAACCUUCUAGUAUUAUUA